CAGCAUUUAUCCAACCAAUUAUCCUUCCUAACCCCACCACAUCAAUGGAACAAAACGCGCGCUGGUUACGGAAAACGGUCGACGUGCGCUUCCAGAAUAAGCGCCCACGGAGGUAAUUAGCACACUCGCCGAGCUGCUGUCCGCCAGUCUCUCAUCGCUCCUCCGGUCAGAAGUGUUUUUUUUUACCUUCUCCGGGUGCGCCGCCGUUGGCGUCUGUGUACAUAGUCAGCAGCAGGCUCCACCUCGCGACCCUACCAUCCCCGUCCCACGACUGGAGAGUCUCGCGCGCCCGCUGGGAAGAAAAUUAGUCCUGCUGUGUCUUUUGACCACCCUCCCUCCCUCACCAGCUCUCUCGUCCUGGAAGUUCGACGUACAGUCAACUCGCUGCUGGCCCAGUGAAUACCAUGCUAAUGAUCUCAUUGAAACUCAACACCUAAUUGGCCCAUUCUGCUCCUGUCACUGACAGUCUCCGGAACUCUAUGAUAGUCCCCAUUUGCUGAAGCAGCCCACAGUAAAUUCAAGACUGCCAUAUUUUCACUCUCCCUCCCUCCACCUCCUCACUCAGUAGCCCAGCUGUCUCAGCCAGCCCCUUUCUCUUCCCCUCUCCUCUCUCUCUUCUCUCACCUCGAGAUAUGGCUGACAACACAGUUGAUCUGGAGACCCUGAAAGAGACUCUGCGUCUAGAGAUAAGGAAGGAGCUGAAAAUCAAGGAGGGAGCGGAGAAAUUGCAGAGGGCCUCUGUCGACCGACGCUCACGCAGCUACGUGGCGUCCAUCUUGAAGAAAUGCAACGAGAAGUUGGAGGAUCUUCACCUUGAGCUGAACCAGCUCCUGGCACUGGUCCCUGAUGACCAAGAGGAGCCAGUGAUCCAGGAGCACCUCCCAGGCUCCCCUCCCGUCCACAGGAAGUCUCAUGUGCACACUCUAGAGAUGAUGGAGAAGCAGCUGGCCGUGGAGCAGAGGGUAAAGGAGGGCGCAGAGAGCAUGAUACGCACCAUCACCAAGGCCAAAACGAAACAGGACCGUACUCUGCUGGGCAAGGCUCAGCAAAUGUUGGCCGACUCGCGACAGAAAGUCGAAGUGUUAAAGAUGAGGAUUUUGAAGCUCCGCAGCGACAAUCUUCAGAUGUGUGCGGGCGAGGCGGACGAGAAGAAACCGCUGGCCACCACGCCGGAGGGGAGGAUUGCUCUGCUGAGGUAUCGUGUCGACGUGGAGACGCGGCUCCUGCAGGGAGCACGGAGCAUCAUAAAGGCACAGUCGGACAAGAAACCCGACAAGAAACACUUGGAAGUGGCACAGAAGAGCGAGAAGCAGUCGGUGCAGAAGCUGCGACUGCUGAGGAUCUCACUGGACAACAGACUGGAGGAGUUCCCUAGUCUCGCGGAGGGCGUCGGGCAAGACCAGAACGGAGACACGCCCCCUAUUCUCCCAAAACCUGCACAGCUCACCGGCACGCUCUACCUGAAGUUGCUCGGAGUGGAAGGUCUUCUGGACUACAACUAUCUCAUGGCACUGAGUGGCCCUGAUUCGAGUCCCCCACGCACAUACUCAGCAGGCCACAUUCUGUCCAGUGCUAGGAACUACCUGACUCUGCCUGCCCCCUCUCACCGAGAAAGAGAGAGAGAAAGGGAGCGUGAGAGGGAGAAAGAGUCACAGGAGGAACCUCUGUCCAACUCGUACGCCAGCCCGGGGUCCACCUACCGUCCUCCUCGCAGAGGCGGCAGCAAACACACCAAGAACAAGUCAGGUCUCCAGAAACAGCGGAGUCUGGAGCACGUGGCCGACGACCCAACUAACCUGGAGGUGUGUGCGGUGGUAUCCAUUGACAACAGGGAGGUGGAGCAGACUCGAUGGAGUACUCCUAACAACCGAGCCUGGGAACAGCAGAUCAAGAUUGAACUACACCAGAACCGGGAACUGGAGAUCCUGAUCUACUCCAGAGAUGCCGACGCCCCCUCCCACCAGGGCCUCUGCGGCCUCGUCUACCUCAAGCUAGAGGACUACUUCGACACCUCGUCUUCCACCACUCACUGCCUGCCUCUGGAACCACAGGGAAUACUGCUGGCCGAGGUAAUAUACGAGAUCCCCAGAACUGAGCCGAGGAAACCAAACCUCAAGAGGGGCAGACGCCUCUUCAAGAAAAAUGGAAAGUUUCCACGAGCCAUUGAGCUGAACACGGACAUAGUGACGUGGGCCCGACUGGUUGCCAGGGCCGACCGAGUGGUCGUUGAGGGAGGGUCGUCCCCCAAUAUCUCGGAGGGGAAGGAGGAGCGGGGUAAGAGCAAGAUCUCGCUGGCGGCAGGUCCCGACGGCUCCCCGCCUCUCUCUCCCCUCACAGCUUCGGGCGAGAGCACUCCGAAAUCCCCCCUGACUCCGCCCCACGUCGUCACCGGCAUGGCUCAAGAUUUUGAACGUCAGUUUCCUCCGUCAGAAGGGGGCGGAGCCCGGAGCCAGCGAAGCAGUCACUCGUCCCUCCUCAAUGGCGUCCUUCCUCCUCUCGACGGGCCUCUUAACGAGGAGGAGGAGCUUCCGGAAGAGCCGAUACUCCCUCCUCCAGCAGCAUUCCAGUCAUCCACCUACAUCGGGGAGGUGGACCCGCCCACUUCUUCCUCUUCCUCCGUCCACAGUCCCAGACACGGGGAAAGAGGCUCCGAGAGGAGAGAGGACUACCGAGGCAGUCCGACCACACCCCCUGAACUCCCAAUGCGGCUACCCAGCGUCCCUCCCCCGGUCCGAGGCUCCGGAGGAAACAGUACCCCGACCUACUCCACCCCUGUACCCCACCCUCCCUCCUCGUCCUCCACUUCGCACGGCUCUCAUCAACCAGUUGGUAGAGUGUCUCAUCACGGAGGAGGGGGAGGAGGAGGAGGGCGAAUUUUCCCCGAAACCACCCCUGCCAGUGUGGUCCCCCACCUGAGAGGGCUGAAAGACUACAAGUAUAUGGCAGUUCUCGGUCGAGGGCACUUUGGGAAAGUUCUGCUGGCAGAAGACCUCACCAAGAAAGAGCUUGUGGCUAUCAAGGUGUUGAAGAAGGCCGACAUCAUUUCAAGGGAAGAGGUGGACAGUCUCAUGUCAGAGAAGAGGAUAUUCACAACGGCCAACUCCGAACGCCACCCUUUCCUCGUGAAUCUCCACUCCUGCUUCCAGACUGAGGGUCACGUGUGCUUCGUGAUGGAGUAUGCGUGUGGAGGAGACCUGAUGAUGCACAUACACCAAGACGUCUUCAAGGAGCCCAGAGCCUGUUUCUACACUGCCUGCGUUGUUCUUGGUUUGGAGUACCUCCACAUGAACGGCAUUGUCUACAGGGAUUUGAAGCUGGACAACCUUCUCCUGGACAGAGACGGAUUCGUAAAGAUUGCAGACUUCGGACUGUGCAAGGAGGACAUGUGGUAUGGCUGUCGGACGGCCACGUUUUGUGGCACUCCAGAGUUCCUGGCACCUGAGGUGUUGACAGAUGUAUCAUACACCAGAGCCGUGGACUGGUGGGGUCUCGGGGUCCUCAUCUACGAGAUGUUAGUGGGGGAGAGUCCGUUUCCCGGGGACGACGAGGAGGAGGUGUUUGACUCCAUCGUCAACGACGACGUGCGAUACCCUCGCUUCCUCUCCUCGGAGGCCAUCUCCAUCAUGAGGAAGUUGAUGAGGCGGAAUCCAGAGAAGAGACUGGGGGGAGGUGAGAGGGACGCAUACGACAUAAAGAGACAGCCUUUCUUCAGAGUAAGCCUUCUCUUUCUUUUUAUCACCUCUUCCCUUACCUCUCCUCUCGUCUCGUCCUCCUCCAGAGGACAGACUGGGAGAAGCUGGCCAGGAAAGAAGUCACUCCUCCUUUCAGACCCGUUCUGCGUUCCAGACUAGACAUUAGCAACUUUGACGAAGAGUUCACUAGAGAGCAGCCAAUUCUCUCUCCUCCAAAGAACAAUCGACCACUCAGAGCACAUGAGCAGAAACUAUUUAGAGGAUUUGACUUCAGUGCUGACUGGACUGCCAUAUAAUUACCAUUGCCUAUGGUUACCAAAUCAUUCUGCAUAAACUGUUGUAUACCUACUCUCUACCUAGCAACCGUUGUCAUGGUCUGUCCCUCUAACGAUAGCAUCAGUAUAUAACUGGCUGGAGUUGUUCGUCACGUGUGUGUGUGUGUGGGAAGGCUCAGAUUUCAAUAUUUCUCUGCAGCUUUCACUUAAUUGGAUUGCUUGUAGCUCAUAAGGUUUUAUCAUAGUUUUCACUGUCAGAAGACUUACUGUUUCGUUUCUCGCAUUGUCUGUUUUGUAUUGUAUCAUAAUGUGCGAGUAUUUAUAUAUAACAUUAUUUUUGGCCUUAUUAACUGUAACUGUCUCUUUCAAACUUAAUAUUAUUUGUCAGUAUAGUCGGAGUUACACACAGUAGUAUAAUAUAUACAAACAGUUUAUUAUGAGUUCAUAAAAACCUGUUGUCAUAGUUCUAAAUACAGGCACACAGUAAAAUCAAAUGGUUCUAUUAAGAGCCCACCACCCUACGUCUCUCUCUCGAGGUCGGGCGGCUCUUCUCUCUUUCUCCUACUUGAGGAUUGCAGGCUCUCCAGAACAUGCGUCUCGGCGUUAGGCUUCAACUUGAGGUCUAUCUGCAUCAACAUAUAGGAGAGUAGGAACAGGGCUGCUCCUAUCACAUAGAGUGCUGGAAAGGUGAACAGUAGCGCCAGACGGAGGCUCGUGAUGGGCCCAAAAUGGUGGGAGAACCCCUGUUUGAUUGGCUCCACCAACAGGUUAAAGUUCCCUCCGAUGACCGUGAUGAUGAAGAAGUAGAGAGCGAGAGAGGCUGUCCUGAUCUUGGCUGGAGCUAGAUCCACGAUGAUUGCCGAGGCAACGCCGAUCCACAUCUCACCGAUGAUGUUGGAGGGGAUGAGGGAGAGGAAGCACCAGGGGUAGGGCAGGAAGAGGGCUCCCGCUGCAAACGGAGCUGCAGCAAUCUGACUAACAACGAUGACCCAUAUCCUCGCCAUAGUGCCACGCCCCUUCACCAGCAGGUCUGAGAUGACUCCGCCCACCACUGCCCCCAGGGACCCGCCCACCAACGGAAUCCACGACAUGAACCGAUUGAUCGUGUCUUUCGUGUAGAAAUUCUCGAAGAAUAUCUCAGUGUUGUAGGCCCAGACGUACCCGCCAGCAUUUCUGAUACCGCCGGCAAUACAAAGGACAAACAUCCCAGGCAUGAGAAAAGUCACCGCUAGAAGAAAGAAUCGCUGGCGGAACGAGAGCUUCUCCUCCCGAGCGGUCGUCUCCGGCGUUCCCUUGGCGACCGUUCGCUGCGGUUCCUUAACGGUGAAGAGAACGAUAGGGGCGACGGCAAUUCCGGCCAACCCACUGAUGAAGAAGACCCAUCUCCAGUUGAGAACCUCAACUAUUCCGUUUCCGAUGGAAAACGCGAGGGAGUACCCAAUGUAUAUACCAAAGUAGUAUAUACCCAGUGCGGAACCCCUCAGCUCCUUUGGGAAAUAGUCUCCCAGAAUGCUAAGUGCAAAGGGACUACAACCAGCGGCUCCAAUAGCCAGAAGAGCUCUCAGAACAACGAGGUGCCAGAAUUUCUCCGCAAAACCCGUCAAACCGGUUGCGAGACUCCAGAAAACCAGACUGAUGACCAGGAACACUUUACGGUUGCCGAAAUCUGCGAUAAACCCGGUGAAGACUCCGGCCAGUGGGUAUAGGUUGUUGAACACCGGCCCGGCGAGGAUCUGGUACACGAGACCUGUGCCACUCCACCACCAUCUGCAGGCAGUGGUGUUGUAGAAGUCGUCCGUAAGUGUGGAGUUGACGACGCACACGCUCUUGUGCCUAAAUGCGUCACUGGUACAGAGGCUGGAGCUGAAAUUGGCGUGUCCUCGAAUGGUGGAGUUGGCGUCAGGGUUCACCUGGCACGUCUUGUCCCCGUAGCGCAGGUCGGGGCCCAUGGACGUAGUUACUAUGGGCAGGGUAUAGCGGUCCAGCUGGUUGAACAGGUACACCACUAGUAGUGCUAGGAGGACGUAUAGCGGGUAGACACCGCUGCGCCGGACCAUCGUCCACAUCCCGUAGCCCGGGAUCUUCUCCUUGUUCCUGGUCACGAAGGACACCAGCGAGUUCUGCUGACGGACUGGCGCCUCGGCCUCUCCGUAGACAUCUUCGUUAACCUUCUGCGUCGAGGAAAGCAGGGGGCGUUUCUCUUCUUCCAUCCAGCUAGGUGCAGCCUUUUUACUCAUCUCUGAUCUCAGCUCUCUCGCUCUUUAGAUCCCCUCUCUCUAGCUCUCUGCUCCUCCUCCUAGCUGCACUGCUGCUCAGCUGGUCACGUGCGGUUU